GUGCUGCCCCUCCUGGGCAACAACUCAGCCCCCUGGGCCGUCCCCAACCAGACCUGGCUUAAUAAUCACCACCACAACCACCACAUCCACAGUCACAACCACCAUUAUGAAAUAGUACCACCACCGCCUCCUCCCCCGGAAGUACACGCACCACCCCCAGAAGUACCCCAGGUACCCCGGGCACCUCAGGUGUCGCCACGUCAGGAUGCAGGUAGCAAGCAGCAGGAGGCCACCACAUCCGCCUCGGCCAAGAUGCGCAAGCCCCGGAAGGCUGCCAAUGCCGGCGGCCGCUCCACGCUCUUCUGGGUGCAUACCGACCCCCAGUCGGUGUCCGAGGGGACGCGUGAGGAGACUCUCAAGCGGAUCCGCUCCCAUGUCAUGUCGGAGCACAACCGCAAGAAGCGCCUCGAGAAUACCAAACGCUACAAGAGCAAGACUUUCAAGCACCUGGCCUUCCAGCCUGUCGAGACCAUCGCCCGUCCGCCGGACGGUCAUGUGACCGCCUCCUCUUCCUCCUCUGCCUCUGAGAGGCGUGUUUCCAAGGCCAGCAGCAGCAGGAGCAAUAGCAGCACCAGCAGUACCAGCAGGAGCGGCAAGCUGGCCCGAAGGGAAGAGUUCCUUUUGAAUGCUGCUGCUGCCGCUGCCGACGCCGCCAUUACCACUGCUGUGGUAACGGAUUCGGAUUCCUCGCCCGCCUCCUCAACGUCGGUAACAAGGAAGAUUCCAUGGAGUCCCUUUCUUGAGGGAGGUAUCGACCCGUUCGAUACAACCCAUACGCCGCUUUCGGAUCGCAUGUCACGGCAUCUCCAACUUUUCCUGGGUGAUCUGACGCUGUUGGCCUAUCCGUUCCAAAACCGCAUCGGGCCUCGGAUCCAACAACAUUGUACCUCACUAGUACAAAAAGAUCCCGCCUCGCUUCAUGCAUGCAUCUGCGUUGCGGCCUCAACCACCGCGUUGCGAACCGGGCUGUUUCCCCUUGUGGAUCCUGCCAAACGCUACACUAACCCGCUGAUUCUGGAUACCUUUCACCAUCGGGGGGAGACCAUCCGGUUGGUCAACGAGGGGCUCUCUGAUCCGGUUAAAGCGGCCAGCAAUGAGCUCAUCUUUGCUGUAUCGGUGUUGCUCACCAUCGAGAUUGCCUCGGGCAAUGCUGAUUACCUCAAGAUCCAUCUGGCGGGACUUCGGCAGAUGGUCUCGCUCCGAAAAAACCUGGCAGAUGUGCCUUUACACAUCCGCUUCCAGAUUGCAUGGACGGAUAUUCGGGUUGCAUGCAUGUCAUUCACGCGACCUAUUUUCCCAUUUAUUCGCUCCGAUAGCCCCCCACAAUACCCCCUGAUACCCCCUGACGAAGAUCUUGUACCUAUUGCUUCACGCUUAAUGUCGCUUGUUCAGAUACCCGGCAUCUUUGGCGAUGCCAUGUCCAAGAUUAUAUAUGACCUUUCGCAGCUCACCCUGUACGCCGAGUGGCUCCGGCGCGAUGCGUCGGGCUACCUGGCGUUCGACGAGGUGACCGAGGACUACUUCAACACCGAGGUGCUGUACCUGGAGUACGCGCUGCAUAGCGACCGGUAUACGGAGCAGGGCGAAGUCAAGGGCGACGCGACCAUCGAGGGCUGCGUGCGGCUAGCCUGUCUACUCUUCCACAACACGGCCAUCUGGAACUUCUACCCUCAGAUGGCGCCGCUGUUCGCCAAGCCUGUCAGCGGCCUGCGACAGGCCAUCGAGGCAACCAUCGCCACGGGCCAGUUCGAGCUAUGCCCCGACCUGCUCGUUUGGGUCCUCUUCGUCGGCGCCUGCUGCUCUCCCUCGCACCUGCCCAUCGACCGGUCCUUCUUCGUCGCCGAACUGGCCGCCGCCGUCCGGUUGCAUGGCUUCCGCUCCUGGGGGGAGCUGCGCACCCUGCUACUCGGCUUUCUGUACGUGGACCGCUCGUACCUGGCCCCGCUCAAGGGACUGUGGGACGAGCUCAAGGCCGGUACCAUAGAUGAUAUAUAACGACAGUAGAUGGAUAUAUAUGAUGUUAAUACUUUUAAUACAGGGUAUAUAAUGACAAAACUCAACUUUCUCAAUGUCUCGGUCAAAUAGUCACUACAGAUUGUCCGGUCUCUAGGUAGUAUACGUAGAUAGUAUUUAUUUAUACCAUGCUUUUGCAUUAUUAACAUG